AUGCUAGCCGUCUGCUUGGCUUGCCUUUUUCUUGUUACAAAUUUCGCGGCUGCCACAUCAGAAGGGAAAGAUGAGCGUUAUACCUACAAUCAAAUGUGCAUCGUUGACGGAAAGCUCCAAGUCCUAAACGGAUUCGAUUGUAGGGAGCAGAUUGCGGCGGCCAAAUGGCGAAAUUCGGUGAAUGCUUCAGGCUGGACUUUCCUCGAAAUCGAGACACAGUCAAAGUUUGACCCAGAAUUACAAGCCUAUGCUGCUGGCUACCUGGAAGGCGUUUUAUCGCGUGAGGUGCUGCGAAUGCAUAUUGAGAAUGCCAUAGCAGAUUACUGUAAGAACUUCACCCAGUACUGCGAGCGAAUGACAGACUUCCUCAAGGAAAACCAAAAGUUCAUCAAAGAUAAGAUCGACACUACUGCAAGAGAUGACGUAAAUCGCACCUACCACCAGCUAACUGGUCUUAUCGCAGGAUAUGAAGGGAGAGAGAUUACUCCGGGAAUCACCUAUGAAAUACAUCCCAUUUUAUUACUGAACUGGAAUGGAGACUUCUACGAUCUUGAGAAAAAACUCAACAAGACUAGAGAUCCGGUCCUUGAUCAGUUAGGAGGACGCUGUUCUGGUCUCAUUAAG